UUUCCCGGCGCUCGGAGGGAGGGGAGGUGUUCAGCUAGCCUUGGAGCAGUCGCAGGUUUUUUUUUUAGGGGGGGAGGAUUUUUUUGGGACACCGCGAAGGAUAUAAGGUUAUUAAGUGAGCUCCGAGUGGGAUUAUGAGAUUCUGAACCGAGCGGGACGACGAGGGAGAAGCAGACCCAUUGGAUAGUGAGUUUUUUAAAAACCUAUCCAUCUCAGCCCAACGGCAGCGGCAGCCCAACAACUCCUCUGUUGGAAACAAACCCGGGAAGGACAUAAACACACCCAGACAUGCUUUCCUACCUGCCCGGAGCCUUAAAGACACCCCAACUAACACGGCUUCUUCUCUGAUAUUGAACACCGAACAGACAAGAGGAGGGUGGGGGGGAAAGUGCUUCUUCUUCUACUGUUAAUGAGCGAAGGGAUUAAAUAUGCCGGACCAAAUCACAGUUUCAGAGUUUGUGGCAGAGACAAACGAAGAUUAUAAAUCGCCAACUGCCUCCAAUUUCACCACCAGGAUGUCCCACUGUAGGAAUACAGUGUCUGCUCUGGAGGAGGCUCUGGAUGUGGACCGCAGUGUUCUCUACAAGAUGAAGAAGUCGGUCAAGGCCAUCCAUGCGUCCGGUCUGGCCCACGUAGAAAACGAGGAGCAGUACACCCAGGCCCUGGAGAAGUUUGGAGAGAACUGCGUCUGCAGAGACGAUCCCGACCUGGGCUCGGCCUUCCUCAAGUUCUCCGUCUUCACCAAGGAGCUCACUGCGCUGUUCAAAAACCUUUUCCAAAACAUGAACAACAUCAUCACGUUUCCUCUGGACAGCUUGCUGAAAGGAGACCUGAAGGGAGUCAAAGGGGACCUGAAAAAGCCUUUUGACAAAUCCUGGAAGGACUACGAAACAAAAGUCACCAAGAUUGAGAAGGAGAAGAAGGAGCACGCCAGACAACACGGGAUGAUCCGGACAGAAAUCAGUGGAGCAGAAAUUGCAGAGGAGAUGGAGAAAGAGAGAAGAUUCUUCCAGCUGCAGAUGUGUGAGUAUCUCCUCAAAGUUAACGAGAUCAAAAUCAAGAAGGGGGUGGACUUGCUGCAGAACCUCAUUAAGUACUUCUACGCUCAGUGCAAUUUUUUUCAGGAUGGAUUAAAAGCUGUGGACAACCUGAAACCUUCUAUGGAGAAACUAUCCACUGAUUUGCAAUCGAUCAAGCAAGUCCAGGAUGAGGAGAGGAAGCAGCUAACUCAGUUACGAGACGUCCUCAAGUCAGCUCUGCAGGUGGAGCAGAAGGAGUCCAGGAGAGACUCCCAGGUUCGUCAGAGCACCACCUACAGUCUGCACCAGCCCCAGGGAAACAAGGAGCACGGCACUGAGCGCAGUGGCUUCCUCUUUAAGAAAAGUGAUGGGUUAAGGAAGGUGUGGCAGAAAAGAAAGUGCGCCACAAAGAAUGGAUACCUCACCAUCUCACACGGCACAGCAAACCGACCACCUGCUAAACUCAACCUGCUCACCUGCCAGGUGAAACACAACCCUGAGGAAAAGCGAAGCUUCGACCUCAUAUCACAUGACAGAACAUAUCACUUUCAGGCUGAGGAUGACCAGGACUGUCAGAUCUGGAUCUCCGUGCUUCAGAACAGUAAGGAGGAGGCCUUGAACCAGGCCUUCAAAGGGGACCAACACGUCGGGGAGAACAACAUAGUGCAGGAGCUCACCAAAGCGAUUCUGGCAGAAGUCAAGAGGAUGACGGGGAACAACUUGUGCUGUGACUGCGGAGCGCCCAACCCCACAUGGCUCUCCACCAACCUGGGCAUCCUCACCUGCAUUGAAUGUUCGGGGAUCCACAGGGAGCUGGGGGUGCACUACUCUCGGAUCCAGUCGCUCACGCUGGAUGUCCUCAGCACCUCAGAGCUCUUGCUGGCCAAGAAUGUGGGGAAUGCGGGCUUUAACGAAAUUAUGGAGGCCCGCUUAAGUGCCGAAAAUGUGAUGAAACCCAACCCAGCCAGUGACAUGCAGGCGAGAAAAGACUUCAUCAUAGCCAAAUACACGGAGAAGCGUUUUGCCAAAAAGCAAUGUUUGGACCCGGCGUCGCGCCUCCACACGCUGUGUGAAGCCGUGAAGGCGCGAGACAUCUUCUCCCUCAUCCAGGUCUACGCUGAGGGAGUUGACCUCAUGGAGCCCAUACCUCUUGCUAACGGACAUGAGCAAGGGGAGACGGCCCUCCAUCUAGCAGUCAGGCUGGUGGAUAGAACGUCUCUUCACAUCGUCGACUUCCUCACUCAGAACAGUUUAAAUUUGGAUAAGCAGACCGCCAAAGGCAGCACGGCGCUCCACUACUGCUGCCUGACCGACAACAGCGAAUGUCUGAAGCUGCUGCUCCGAGGAAAAGCCUCCAUAGACAUUGCUAAUGAAGCCGGGGAGACGCCGCUGGAUAUCGCUCGGAGGCUCAGACACCUGCAGUGCGAGGAGCUGCUGAACCAAGCGCUGGCAGGAAAGUUCAAUGGCCACGUCCACGUGGAAUACGAGUGGCGUCUGCAGCACGAGGAUCUGGAUGAGAGCGAUGAAGAUCUGGAUGAAAAACCCAGCCCUCUCCGGCGAGACGAGCGCCCGGUCAGCUGUUACACCCCCAGCAGUAACUCCCACCCCCCGUCCUCGGUGGGAUCCGCAGGCCGGGAUCCUAAGGACAAGCAGCGCUCCUACAUGCCCAGCAUGGUCAACAAUGAGACCUACGGCGCCGUACUCGACGCCGGCUCCACCCAGCCCGCCGCUUCUGGUCCUCCACUCCCCCCGAGGAACUUGGGCCAGUUAUCUGCUCUGGGAGGGAUCGGUCAGCCGUCUGCAUCCAGCGGCUGGAAGUCGGGUCCAUUAGACAUGGUGGGCCGUCAGAGGUCAUCCUCUGACCCCCCCAACAUGCACCCUCCCAUCCCUCCUUUGAGGCUCACUUCAAAUGCAGGCUUGGCUCAUCCUCUUGCAGGAAAGAUGGAGACCAUGAACCUCCAGGCCAAAUCUGGUCAGGGUCCUCCUGGGUCCAGAGGUGUGCCCCCCAAAUCUCCUGCUGGGAACGACAAAAGCUUCAGUCGAGGUUUCCUGACAGAGUCUCGAGAAAGAGCAGCUAAGGAAGUUCCAGGAUGCCCUCAGAACUCUGUGGGUCAGUCUCCGCCUCCAGCCCCCAUGCCAAGGAAAGCCUUCCCUAAGCAGAAACCAAAACGAGUGAAAGCCAUUUACAACUGUGUGGCUGAUAACCCGGACGAGCUGACCUUCUCUGAAGGCGAGGUGAUCGUGGUGGACGGAGAGGAGGACCAGGAGUGGUGGCUGGGCCACAUCGAAGGCGAUCCGCUGAGAAGAGGAGCCUUCCCCGUUUCCUUCAUACACUUCAUCGUCGACUGACGGGACGUCAGGGGAGGAGCUUUCCCCACUAAAUCCAUCCUCCUACUUUUUCCUACCAUCACCAAUGGCUCCUUUUCUUUUGAUCGGUGUAGUCAUGGCAACCGCUGCUGAGCAGUCUGGGUUUCACAGAAGACUUGGGGGGGAUUUGAGAUAUUCAAUGCUGUUUCUUGUCAUAUUAAAACAAAAAACGUGAAUGAUUUCUGGCAAGGAUUGCACUUUUCUCGUCUCCUUGACAACGUAGGACAUCAUGAAAGUCGCCCCCGCUGUGUACGUUCACACGAUCUUCUGAAUCCCAGCAUUAAAGCAGUCUAACUUAACAUGAAAACUGUGAACUUUAGCACAUGCAGAAGUCAUCCGUGCAUGGGCACAUUUUAUCACGUCUGUUGAUGCCAUGUUGACCCCUCCUCCUCCUAAGUGGAGGGCUUUCUAACGGUGCUAAGCUGAAUAAAUGUGCUGAAAGCGGCACCCGAGGGAGCGCUGCCUCGUCCUCGAUGCUGCAGGAGGCUGCCACUGUCAUGACGAUGUUGCGUGUUUAGAGUCCCAGUCUUUUCUGGGGUCUGUGUGAAUGUCAUUUCCAUGUCACGCAUGAUUUGCUUUUCAUUUGAUUUGACUUUACAGGCUUAGGUCAGUCGGCAGAAAUCUUGUUCUUCGUAUAAAGUUUAGGGCUUCCCCCUGCUGUUUCAGAGCGCACAGAUGUUUGUGUUCCAAUGAGCGAUUUUGUUAAAAAAAAAAGCUAAAAAUGAUAUUAAAAAUUGGAUUUUUUUUGUCAAAAGAAAAAAAGUGGCAGUUACUGUAAACCUGUCUUUCUUUUUGCCUUGAAAAACACACUAUAGCAGGCAUUUUUAGAGCUUAACACACAAGCACCUGCUGGUUAGAGUUCAUAUCAAAAAAUCUUGAGCAGACAUUUAAAUAAAAUAAGUUAGUUUGGUUGCAGAGCAACUUGAUGUUUAUACGUGAGAUUUGUAAAUUUCAGAUCAUAGUAUGCAGGUUUCUCACUGGAUGGUGGAUUGAAUGUCAUGUUCGUGUACAUAGAUCUGGGUUUGAAUGCACUGUGGUGACGAGCACGUGGCCUCAGCUGGAUCUGUGAGCGGGCGGCGUGCGCGGCGUGCGCAACGGGGAACGUGCUCUUCAUACAGUGUCAUUAACUGUUUGUGGAUUAGGACUCCUAACAUGUUCAUGUAAAUAGGAAAAAUGAAACUGGAAAAAUAAAAUCUACGAUAAUUUAAA